UGUCUUGACUAAAUGCAUAUUGUAAUUUCAAUAUUUUUAACUUUAAUAUAACCUUUUGUUUUCAACACAUGGCCACAUUUCCCUUGUUCUCAAACCAUGUAAACAGAAGAGGCACCAUUUACAUAUUUGGAAUUUGGAAUGAAUUUCAAUUGGAAUGAAGCGCCCACCUUUUGUCAAGAAACUCACACAAGGGAUAGACCAUUUAAAUGCUUGCAGUGUGAAAAGAGCUACAGUCAAAAGAGAAACCUUAUUACUCACCAGAAAACUCACACAGGAGAGAAGCCAUUUAAAUGCUUGCAGUGUGAAAAGAGUUUCAGUCACAAGUACGUCCUUACUCGUCAUCAGGAAACUCACACAGGAAUAAAACCAUUCAAAUGCUUGGAGUGUGAAAAGAGCUUCAGCCAAAAGAGCCAUCUUAUUAGUCAUCAGGAAAUUCACACAGGAGAGAAGCGAUUUAAAUGCUUGCAGUGUGAAAAGAGCUUCAGUCACAAGAAUGUCCUUAUUCGUCAUCAGGCAACUCACACAGGAGUAAAGCCAUUUAAAUGCUUGCAGUGUGAAAAGAGCUUCACUCACAAGAAUGUCUUUAUUCGUCAUCAGGCAACUCACACAGGAGAGAAGCCAUUUAAAUGCCCAGAGUGUGAAAAGAGCUUUAGUCAAAAGGUAAACCUUAUUAGUCAUCAGGCAACUCACACAGGAGUAAAGGCAUUUAAAUGCUUGCAGUGUGAAAAGAGCUUCAGUCAAAAGAGCCACCUUAAUACUCAUCAGGCAACUCACACAGGAGUAAAACCAUUUAAAUGCUUGCAGUGUGAGAAAAGCUUCACUCACAAGCAAGUCCUUAUUAGUCAUCAAGCAACUCACACAGGAGAGAAGCCAUUUAAAUGCUUGCAGUGUGAAAAGUGGUUCAGUCACAAGACCGUCCUUAUUCGUCACCAGGCAACUCACACGGGAGAGAAGCCAUUUAAAUGCCUGGAGUGUGGAAAGAGCUUCAGUCAAAAGAGAAACCUUAUUUGUCACCAGGCAACUCACACAGGAGUAAAACCAUUUGAAUGCUUGCAGUGUGAAAAGAGCUUCAGUCACAAGACCGUCCUUAUUCGUCAUCAGGCAACGCACACAGGUGAAAAGCCGUUUAAGUGCUUGGAGUGCGGAAAGAGUUUCAGUCAGAAAGGAGGUCUUGUUCGUCACCAGGCAACUCACACAGGAGAAAGGCCAUUUCAAUGCUCAGACUGUGGAAAGAGCUAUAGUCAAAAGGUAGACCUUGUACGUCACCAGGCAACCCACAUAGGAGAAAAGCCAUUUAAAUGCUUGGAAUGUGAAAAGAGCUUCAGUCGAAAAUCAAACCUUGUUCGUCACCAGGCAACUCACAACAGAGAAAAACCAGAGUAUGGAAAUACAAGCCUUUUUAAAUUGUUAACUCACAUGGAAUAAAUGGGGUAAAGGCAAGUUCCCUUGUUUAACAUCAGAGGGGCCGUGAAUCGUUGUCAUAGAAACACUAAGUUAAAAAAGUCGUGGCUUUUGGAGAAAAUAAUAACCUCAUCAAUUUUCUUUUAUGAAAUAUGUAAUUAAGCAUAACUGAUAAUACUUUGAGAGGUUUCAGUUUUUUUAAUCCAUUCAUGCAUACUGGUCACUGUAACUAUUUCCUGCCAUGUAUAUUCAGGGUUAAAAAUACAUUUAAUUGAGAGAUGAGAAGUGUGGGAAUGGGGUCUAUUAAUGACUGACAUCCCUGUGUUUCAUGUAAUUCUAUGUAUGUGGGACUGGUUUUUUUUUAAUGAAAUAGCUAAUAAAGCAUAACUGACAAAUUGUUUUCUAUACAUUAAUGUAUAUUGGUUACUGUCAAUGUUUAAUUGUCCUAUCUAUAACAUGUAAAUAAUAGAAAAUCUUUUAAAGA